GCACAGAGGAGGAAGUUGAAAAAGAUGCUUCAGGAAAUCAUAGUUAGUCAAUCCAACGACACUCCAAAAGAAAAAUUGGACUCUCUUACAAGAUCUGAGGCAAAGCGGAUCAGGUCUCCCGAGGAGUUGACAAAUGAGAAUAAACCGAAGAAGAAAAAGAGCUCCCCGUCUUCAUAUAUACAGUCGAAGCCAAGCCAUACUUCACUCAAAGGAACCUCAAGUCAGAAUCCUGCGAGUAAGGGUGACAACGCCAAGAUAGAUAUUCCGAAGGCGACCACGUCGGCGAAAUCAAUCUCGAAGGCACGAGUAUCUCAAAAGAAGGCCCGAAAAGAGAGGAAAGAGAGGCUAGACAGUGGAAAAGGAAAAGAGCCGCCAUCUUACGCCAAAGUUGCCAGAAGAAGACACCGGGACGAUCUCUGCUAUGCAGUUUACGAUGCCGGUAACCCGACAGGCAAAAUUCCAAUAGACCAACAGAGUAAGGUAGAAGAUCUGGUGAACAAUAAGAUAGUGGACCACGCAAAUGCUGAGCUGGCCUUGGAAAAAUGGGAAGUCUUUUACAGGAAAGAAGAACCUGAGGGAACUUUAUUUGUAAUAGGUAUCGACCAGAAAUCUAUGGCUAGUCUUGCCAAGAAUAAAGGUAGGGCUUACUUCGCCUCUAAAGCUGUCAUAUUCAAAAUUGGGAAGGUGCCGAUUGGAAGGGCUGUUACAACAAGCCUCGAAAAUAACACUAAAAAACCUAAGAACACAGCAUCAGUAGCAACUACUGAUAACGUUGAGAAGUCAAAUCCUAAAAGCGAGGAAGUUACCACUAACUCGCCAAAAGAAGGUACAGCUGCCAUUUCCAAAAUCGGAGAGGCGCCGAUUGAAAGGGCUGUUAAAACCGCUCCCGAUAAGGACACUAAAACACCUAAGACAGUAACCAAAGCAUCAUUAGCAAGUACUGGCAAUGUGGAGGAGUCAAAUCCUAAAGGCGAGGAGGAAAUCACUCACUCGCUAGAAGACAGAACAGCAGAGCUCUCCAAAAUUGGGAAAGUGUCGAUUAAAAAGACUGCUCUUCCUAUGCCUGAUAGGGACACCGCAGUGCCAUCAAUAGCCACUUCAGGUUACCCGGAGGAGCCAAAUCCAACGGGCGAGGAGGUGAUCACUAACUCGCUGGAAGACAGUUUAAGUGGAUGACAAUGAUUGAAGUUAUCCAAAUAAACCUCCAUCGGAGCGAGACGGCCACAAACGCUCUGAUGGCUAAAAUUAACACAGGAUUAUCUACAUCGGAUGCAACGGUG